AUGGAAGAUUACAGGUCAAAUGGAAAUGGGUUCACUGGAGAGAACAAUACAGAGUUCAACUAUGCCCCAAACCCUCGAAACGCUUACGAAUUGCGAUCAUAUUCUGCAUCUUAUGCACAAACCCAGAUGGAAAUCAGGGAUUCCCAGUUCAAGAAAGGGAAAACCCCUUCUGAGUCUGUCUCGAAAUCUUGGAGUUUCUCGGACCCUGAAUUUCAGAGGAAGAAGAGGGUUGCUAACUACAAGAUGUAUUCUGUUGAAGGCAAAAUGAAGGGCUCUUUCAGAAACAGUUUUAGAUGGCUUAAACGCAAAUGCGAACAGGUCGUUUAUGGCUGGUGGUGA